AUCCUGGUUUGUAUGCUUUGACUUUCUUCAUAAUGGACCACUUUAUUGUAUACUGACUUUUUUCUGACUUCAGUUUCCAGACGUACUUGGACAGUUCGGUGUUGCUCUUGUAUUCCUCAUGUCGGAAAGACUUAGUGUGAUUGCGGUAUCUUGUUUUGAAAUCGCCCGCCGUCAUGCCAAUGUAUAUUUUCUUUUCCUGGUUGUUGGCAGUGCUGGUUGUCACUUCGGCUUUGUAUACGAUGCUCUCAGUAAAAAAUGUCUUACUCUUACUCUUGGUAAAAAAUGUCUUACUCUUGGUGUCUUACUCUUACUCUUGUCUUGUCAAAUGUCUUACUCUUACUCUUGGUAAAAAAUGUCUUACUGAGAGCAUCGUAUACAAAGCCGAAGUGACAACCAGCACUGCCAACAACCAGGAAAAGAAAAUAUACAUUGGCAUGACGGCGGGCGAUUUCAAAACAAGAUACCGCAAUCACACUAAGUCUUUCCGACAUGAGGAAUACAAGAGCAACACCGAACUGUCCAAGUACGUCUGGAAACUGAAGUCAGAAAAAAGCCAGUAUACAAUAAAGUGGUCCAUUAUGAAGAAAGUCAAAGCAUACAAACCAGGAUCUAAACGGUGUAAUUUAUGCCUCGAGGAGAAACUACUUAUUAUGAAAGCGAAGAAAACUGAAUGCCUGAACAAACGCUCCGACUUGUUUUCCAAAUGUAGACAUGUAACCAGAUACCUGCUUAAUCAAGUUGUAAAAUGAUAACCUAUAUUUAUUAUGAAUAUUGAAUAAUAUCUGUCAGUUGCCUGAUGAUCGCGUAAAGCGUGAAACUCAGAGUAGCGCCGCAAACAUUCAAACCUUGACUGAAUUAAUUCCGCUCUACUUAUUAUGGUAUUGAGCGCUCUUCUACCUUACGUCAACUCAUCGACUAUUUUUUUGAAUAUAGUCUUCAGUAUAACGCUCCUUUCCCUAGUAGAGCGCUCUUGUUGCCUUGGUAUAGUGAAAGGAAGAAUGCAGCAGAUACGAUUCAACUAUUCACUAAAAAAAAUAUAGGCUUACCCGGAUACGACGAAUACCAUAGAGAACUCAUUCACAAGACCGAAAAUGUUAUUAAACGCAUGAGAUGGAAAGCGCAUUUCUACUUAAACGGCGAAAGCGGCAAGCGUGAAAAGACUCCCACGUUCGGUUUGAAAUCAAAACAAUCACCACCGGCUGUGCCCGAGCUGAAACGCUUCGAAGACGACAUUAUACAUAUGACAGAGAACAUCAAAUUCCGACACGUAAACGACGAAUUCAUGAACACCUUAGAGCAAGACAAACGAAAGAUAGAAGCGUCUCAAAAUGUCUUCAUCUUUGCUGACAAGACACACAACAUUUAUGAAAUGCACGCGGACAAAUACAACAAAUUGUUGACUGAGAACAUCACCAAAACCUACAAAUUGGCACAAGACGGAACAGUUGACAAAAUUAACCACGAACUUAAAAAUAUUGCCAACGAAUUAAACAUCGGAAACCGCAUGGAACCAGCAACCCAACCGCCGGCGUUUAUUUCACUAAAAGAUCACAAGGACGGCUUCGAAAACCAUCCAAAGUGCCGAUUGAUAAACCCGGCGAAAUCUGAUCUCGGCAAAGUUAGCAAAACCAUCUUGGACAAAAUCAAUGCUGAAAUCCGCCGACAAACUUGUGCAAACCAGUGGAGAAACUCUGAGGACACAAUCACUUGGUUUGACUCACUAACUAACAAGGACAGACUGUCUUUCCUAUCUUUCGAUAUAGUCGAAUUUUACCCGUCCAUAACUGAAAGUCUACUCGACCGUGCAAUCGCAUGGAGCCAACAAUUCAUCGCAAUUUCCGACAGCGAUAUACGCAUUGUGAAGCACGCGCGCAGAUCCCUUCUUUUUUACAACCAACAAGCUUGGACGAAGAAGAACAACACCACCACGUUUGACGUGACCAUGGGAAGUUUCGAUGGCGCUGAGGUCUGUGAACUCGUCGGACUUUUUAUUCUGAACACACUCGAGAAACGCUUUGGGAAAGACGUAGGCCUAUACGGUGACGACGGCUUGGCUGCCCUCAGAACAACAUCAGGCAGACUUGCGGACAAGGCGAGGAAAGAGUUGAUCACCAUUUUUGAGAGCUUUGGCCUUAGAAUCACCACCCAGACAAACAUCAAGUGCGUGAACUUCCUUGACUUGACGCUUGACUUAUCAAACGGUAAAUAUAAACCAUACCGAAAACCUAAUGAUGAACCACUGUACAUAAACAGAUUAUCAAACCAUCCACCUUCCAUCACACGACAACUUCCACACUCAGUCAACAAACGCAUUAACAAACUAUCAUGUGACGAAGAAGCAUUCAACGCAGCAGCGCCACUUUACAACAACGCUUUCAAGCAAAGCAACUUUGACGUUAACCUAACGUACACACAAACUCAAAACAACACUAAUAACUCCGAUAAACGAAACAGACAACGAAACAUUACAUGGUACAACCCCCCUUAUAGCAAGAACGUUAAGACCAAUGUAGCACAGACAUUCCUAAACCUAAUUGACAAGCAUUUUCCUCCCUCAAACAAACUGCACAAACUUUUCAACCGCCCCACAGUCCGUGUUAGUUACAGUUGCAUGACAAACAUGAAAAAUCUCAUCCGUAAACACAAUCGUAAUAUACUGAACCGAAACACAAAACGAACGCCAACUGCUAGGGUAAUACAAUCAUCCAUACCAACGGUAAUACCAACACCUACAAAAAACGACACGCCAAUGUGCAACUGCCAAAAACCCGCCAACUGUCCACUUGGUAAAAAAUGUCUUACUGAGAGCAUCGUAUACAAAGCCGAAGUGACAACCAGCACUACCAACAACCAGGAAAAGAAAAUAUACAUUGGCAUGACGGCGGGCGAUUUCAAAACAAGAUACCGCAAUCACACUAAGUCUUUCCGACAUGAGGAAUACAAGAGCAACACCGAACUGUCCAAGUACGUCUGGAAACUGAAGUCAGAAAAAAGUCAGUAUACAAUAAAGUGGUCCAUUAUGAAGAAAGUCAAAGCAUACAAACCAGGAUCUAAACGGUGUAAUUUAUGCCUCGAGGAGAAACUACUUAUUAUGAAAGCGAAGAAAACUGAACGCCUGAACAAACGCUCUGACUUGUUUUCCAAAUGUAGACAUGUAACCAGAUACCUGCUUAAUCAAGUUGUAAAAUGAUAACCUAUAUUUAUUAUGAAUAUUGAAUAAUAUCUGUCCGUUGCCUGAUGAUCGCGUAAAGCGUGAAACUCAGAGUAGCGACGCAAACAUUCAAACCUUGACUGAAUUAUAUAUAUAUAUAUAUAUAUAUAUAUAUAUAUAUAUAUAUAUAUAUAUAUAUAUAUAUAUAUAUAUAUAUAUAUAUAUAUAUUUAUAUCUUAAAAUUAAUUAUUGCUACUCAAGUUUCACGCCUUAUUCAAGACGAUCUUCAGGCAAUUAAUUCAGUUAUGGUGUUUGAUUCGUCAAUAUCAACGGUCGCUCGCUGACGCGGAGGUUUGUCUAUCGUCACCGGUUUGAAUUUGCACGCGCUAAAUUUUUCCUUGUGACAGCACUUUGCAUAAAACUCUGAUCGCGUGUUCAGUGAAUUGUUUCCUUUCGCUUUCAGGAUACAUAAUUUCUCUUCCAGGCAGAGGCCACAUCGCUUUCCACCAGGCGUGUACGCAGCAGCUCGUUUCAAGAUGGACCACUUGAUGCUGUAAUUUCUUCUACUUUGCUUCAGACUCCAAACGUACUUCGAAAGCUUUGUGUCAGACGAGUGGUUGUAGAGGUUGAAUGACGUUUUGUGGUUGGCGUAUCUUUCUUUGAAUGGGUUGGCCGUCAUUCCAAUAUACUCUUUUGUAUUUCCGUCAUCAGUUGUUGUCACCGUAGCUUUGUAGACAAUGUUGUCUACUUUGCACUUUCCGUCUAGUGGGCAUUCAUCUGGUUUUUGGCAGUUGCAUGGGAUAGGUUUUUGUGUAGGUUUUUUCUUUAACAGGCGAUGGUUAUGUCGGGAUAUUAUGGUUUUGAUAUUCUCCAUGCAGGAGUAGCUAAUUUUGACUGUGUUGCGGUUAAAGACCUUAUGGAGCGGGUUGGUAGAAGGGAAAUGUUUAUCAAUUAACUGUAGGAAGUUUCGACCGAUGUUAGUUCGAACUGUUUUGCUGAAUGGUGGAUUAAACCAAAUGAUGUUUCUACGACGUCUUCGGUUGGUAGAUGGCAAACUGGAGGAAUUAUCACAGGCCGAGUAUUGCAGAGGUACAUCGUAGUUGCUGCGCUUAAGCGCAUCUUCGUAGAAUGGUGCAGCAGAGUCAAAGGAUGCUUGAUCGGAAGAGAGCGAGGAGAUGCGUUUGCUGAUUGAGGAAGGGAUAUGGUUGAUGAUACAACGACUUUUUGGGAUGAAUUGAUGUUCUUUAUAUCUUCCUGAACUUUGUUUAGAAAUGGAUCGGCCACGUUUCUGAAACGAAUAUUUGAUGUUAAUUUGACAAGGUCGUGCUCGAAUGCCUUCAUCUCUCUGACUGGUGGAGCAUAAUUCUUUGAUGGUAAUCCGUAAUUGUUCUCUGAACUUGUGACUUCGUUAUUUCCCAAAAAGAAAUGGGCUUUCCAUCUCAUGCGCUGAACAACGCUUUCGGCUUUUUCAAUCAAACGUUUGCGGUAAUGAUCUUCGGUAGUUAUAUAUAUAUAUAUAUAUAUAUAUAUAUAUAUAUAUAUAUAUAUAUAUAUAUAUAUAUAUAUAUAUAUAUAUAUAUAUAAUGUUGUGGAUAUGCACGCUACUCAGUAUAAGCUGCAUGUACUGGGACUAAACGACAACAUCUAGAUAACGAGAGCUUUGCUUCUUCAGUUUCUCAGGCUUCCGCAUUUGUUGAUCGUGGAAUUUGAGAAAUAAAUUAUAUGGUAACUGUGUAUAGUUUUACGACUUCGAUGACUUUUCACUAAAGGAAUCUCAACUUCAUGAGAGAUUGUUUUCGUUCAACUUGUGACUAAAGUACUUAGAAAUGUAGGUAUCUAACAUAUAGUAUAAUAUGUGGUGACCAGGGACUCAAUUUUAGCAGAAUGUUAGAUAUUUUGUUUGCGGGAAAACUUCAAAUCUCAACAGUUCGACGAGGUCAGCUACUUAUCCUCCACUCACGAUACGUUAAUUUCAUGGGAAAAUGUAUACGUGUAAUGCGAGUUUAACCAUUCCUUGUCUCUUUGCUGCUGUUAAAAGGAACUCGCCAUCUUGUUCUUUGAAUCUUUUCCUCAUAGACAUGCUCCAGACAAUUCAGUUUAACGGUAUGAAAAUGUUCUAGAGUGUGUAUUAUAUAAUUUCCAUACCCAGCGCAAGCAGAAAGAUGUUGUCUGCCGCGGCUGGGUCUUGAACCCGCGACCUUCGAAUUACUAGAUCGACGCUCUACCAACUGAGCUACACGGUCAGACGGAUUUAAGACUGGAAAUUAUGAAAUAUAUACUGAAUGUCAUAAACAUACUCGUUUAUAUUAAUUCAGCAUCGAACAAUACUAGUUCUGCAAGUGUUAUGUUAAUUGUGUUAUUGUACACUCUGUAAUAUGUUAAGAUGAAAAUGUUCUAGAGUGUGUAUUAUAUAAUUUCCAUACCCAGCGCAAGCAGAAAGAUGUUGUCUGCCGCGGCUGGGUCUCGAACCUCUAUAUAUAUAUAUAUAUAUAUAUAUAUAUAUAUAUAUAUAUAUAUAUAUAUAUAUAUAUAUAUAUAUAUAUAUAUAUAUAUAUAUAUAUAUAAUUUCGCUUACCUCAAAAUUCCGCAACAGUCUGUUUCAGAAUUUUGAGGUAAGCGAAAUUCUACAUUUGCUCUAUCUUUAUGAUAUUGAGCACUCUUUGCGUUUCGUAUACACAAACCUACUCGCGUAUAUAUAUAUAUAUAUAUAUAUAUAUAUAUAUAUAUAUAUAUAUAUAUAUAUAUAUAUAUAUAUAUAUAUAUAUAUAUAUAGGUCGUCUUCGAGAAAUCUUCCCGUGCAAAAAUAUAUUUUGUUUUCGCGAGAACACCAAAGCAAUAGCGUUUGAAGUGUCAGGAAACAUUGGGGAAGAUAGACUGCAAGCGCUCCUUCCUUUCCGUGGGUUUAGAUUUCCGGGCAUGCGAAAGGAAAGGAGGGACGACAGACAACACAUCAAGAAACGAGAUACGCGUUGCCCACACAACGCAAAAUUCCCAUUGGUCGAAAUCGAUACGCCUGUCAAUAAAACCUGAUACGUAGUAAUUAUGCUAUAAAUAAUUUCCAGACUGAAUGUUGAUUUUAUAAAUAGCAUGACAUUAACGGUUCUUAUUGGAUAGAUUUAAUUAGAUAUAAGUGUUUAUGCAAAGGCGGAGCCAACUUGACAAGAGCGAAAAGUGGACGUAUUUCGUUUCUUCGGAUGUGUUGUCGGCGGUUCCUCCUUUCUCCCAAGGGACUGCUCGCGGUCUAUGGGGAAGAUAGCGAUUGGAAAUCCCAGGUAUUGCUUUUCAUUAUUGUUUUACUGAAAAAUGUUGUUCACUCCUAUACAAGCGCCUUUUUUAACUACGUUUUGAGAAGUUAACGAUAGCUAGAGCAUAUAGUUAACUUUAACUACUUUUUAACUGCAGUUAUUAACGCAAACUACAUUUUUAUACAACCGACUUUUAUACAACUAUGCAUGUGGUUAAAGUUAACGACAAAAUGGGUAGUUACAUGCAACCGGCCCCUGAUAUUCCAUCACCGAAAUACCUGCAACUUACAGCUGUCGUAAAUAUACUACGAACAAAAAUAACUUUCGAAAACAUCAGCAAAAGAAGCCAAAAAUAACUUAACGUUCUAUCUCAUACCUAGCGUAUUAGCGGCUUUCCUAUUGGCUACGAGGAGGUGCGUUCAAUCUCGAACUCACAUGCUGACGCAAGUUUAAGAGGUGCAUGGGUUCGAGAUCGAUGUUUCGGCGGCGGCCAUUAUGAAGCGAUUUGAACAAAUUUCAGACGAAGAUUUAAAUAAAAAUUUAAUUUACUGUUUUUAAUUGUUUUAUAAUUAUUAUUUUUUUAUUUUGUUUGAUGAACAUGGAAUAUUAUGUAUUCAAAGAGGAAGAGAAGAAAGAUGGCCGCCGAAAUUUGUUCGGCACGAGCAGGUUCCACUCAUAGGUUCCAUGCACUGGCAGGUUCACUUGGCAAUGUUUUCGCAGAAUGUGUGCAUUUUCUCUUUUCAAGAAUAAGGGAAUAUUGUAGAGAAUUUUUUAGCUUCAAGUUAAGCCUAAGUUUGUUUGUUCGCGUGGUGUGUUGGCAGCUAAAAUGUUCGUCAUACAAACAAGAAAUUAUGCUAAAAUGCGUAAAUCUUCAGUACUUUUUACCGAAAUGGCAUGUGAUAAAAACCAAACAUACUUGCAGGUUCGGUGAGUCCGGGAUUGGACGCACCUCUGGUGGCUGGAAGUUUCCCGAACUCAGGAAAGUUCCAGCCACCCUCGGCCGGUGCGUUCAAUCCCGGACUCACCGAACCAGCAACAGCAAGCAUGCAUGUUUGUUAUAAAAUUAACUUACAAGUAUAAGGAAUGGUCCGAUAAGGACUUGGAUAUAAAUAAGGCCAGCAGGGGCGAAACUAGCCCCUUUUCAUUAGGGGGGUGUCUGCUAGAAUUGCCCUGCCAAAGCCGAUAAUGCUCUGCAGCGCGAGCGGGGGGGGGGGGGCUCGAAAGAUUUUUUCCGGACAUUCCAAAAAGGGGCGAAAUUCCUGUUAAAACAUGCAUGAAACCCUUAUUUUUUUACCAAUAUCUGUAAAAUUUAGGUCUAUAAAUUCUAUUCAAUUCCCUCUGGAAGCCCUGGAAUCUACUUAAUUAAUAACUCUACAUUCUAUCAUUUAAAAUAUUUCAUUGCCCUGCCAAUCCAGAUGAUUUGCCCUGCCAAUCCAGAUGAUUGUCUUUGGGGUGCCACCUACACCCCCUCAAGUUUCGCCCCUGAAUUGGCCAGCUAUCCAAAGUUUCCACCGUUUUCAGCGCAGUAACAAAUUUUAAAAUUACUUAGUUAAGGAUUUCCUUGAUCUUGGUGUGUAUUUUCCAGUCGAUUUAAAGGUCGAUUUCAGGAUAACUAUAUGCUUUAUGACAGUUUUCCGGUUGGCGAUGUCAUUAGAGAAUGUUUAUUUCGUAUUUAAAAACAUAUAUCUGCAGAAAACAGCGCGAUUAUGAAUAAUUACGUUGUGCGGCGGAGAUACGCUGAAAGGGUGUGUCCGCUAUAUAUAGACAAACAUUCAUAAAAAGAAAUCUAUUCUUACUUUAAGGUGUUGAAAUGUAGUAAAAUGUCCAUGAACGCUGGUGAGGUAAUGGAGUUGGUAUGCGACGACACUCUUCGUUUAAUCACAAUGGGAGAUCAAUUUCUUCCCAACAUGGUUCGACAAAUUGGUAAAGCCAUCGUCUACAUUAUUUGGCUAUUUUAUUUUGUCAGCUGGAAGUUCGUGCCGGGUCUAGGAGUAUUUACCAUUCUUGCUUUAUUUCGCCUAUGCAUGACAAAUAUGGACGUAAACUAUCGUGAAAAAGCUUCACAACUGUCAGAGAAACGCCUCGGUUACCUUCGAGAAGUUCUGAUGAUCAUUCAUUCCGUUAAACUGAAUUGUCUGGAGCAUGUCUAUGAGGAAAAGAUUCAAAGAACAAGAUGGUGAGUUCCCUUUAACAGCAGCAAAGAGACAAGGAAUGGUUAAACUCGCAUUACACGUAUACGUUUUCCCAUGAAAUUAACGUAUCGUGAGUGGAGGAUAAGUAGCUAUAUAUAUAAAUAUAUAUAUAUAUAUAUAUAUAUAUAUAUAUAUAUAUAUAUAUAUAUAUAUAUAUAUAUAUAUAUAUAUAUAUAUAUAUAUAUAUAUAUAUAGGUUGGUGUCCUAAAACCUGGGUCGAAACUUACUAACUGCGUGUAUAUCAAUUUCUCAUGUAUUCUAUUUUUAAGAUAACAGUUUGACAGACCUUUUCUUUUUUCUAUAUAGGGAAGAAAUAAAAUAUAAAGCAAAAAGGUGGAUUAUUCUUUCUGCGAGCUUUUCGUUUACUUCAUGUGGACAGCAUCUGUCAACCUUUGUCAUUGUGCUGGUUCUAAUUUACAUUGAUCGUUCCAUGCUCACGUUCGAUAACUUAUUAACGAUAAUGGUGUUGUCUGUCGGUAUUGGUGAGAUUAUUUGCAUGAGAAUACCAAUUUCCAUUCAUUUCAGUACGGAUAUAAUCACUGGCCUUACUCGGAUACAGCGUUUCUUGGAAAGCUGCGAUUCUGCACAUGAUACCAUUAAUGAGCUUCUGCCUACGAAAGGAGAGGUGUCAGAGAUAGAUGCGAAGUCAAGCGAUGAUAAAAAAUCUUCGGAAGUAGUUCGUGUGACUCCUUAUGUUUGCCUGGAUAACGUAUUUUGUAAAUUACUCACAUCCAAUACCUCAUAUGCACAAACGGAAGAUGUUAUACUUUUAACUGACAUUUCUAUCACAAUAUCAUCCAAGAAGUUAGUUAUAAUAACUGGCUCAGUUGGCAGUGGAAAGUCGUCACUGCUCUCAAGUAUUCUUCAUGGAGAACUUCAUUUAGCUAAGGGAUCUAUAAAACAUUUUGGAAACAUUGCGUAUGUUUCGGACACGCCUUGGGUAUUUCCCGGUACCAUUCGUGAGAAUAUAUUAUUCGGCUUAGCAUAUGAUGAAAAAUGGUAUUCGUACACCAUCAAAGCUUGUGAGUUGGAGAGAGAUUUCAGAAGAUUCCCAAAUCAGGAUAUGUCACAUAUUGGAGAACACGGUGCAACAUUGAGUGGCGGACAGCGGACGCGUAUCGCAUUAGCACGCGCGGUGUACUCCCGCGCUGAUAUAUAUCUACUGGAUGACCCCUUCAGUUCUUUAGAUGCCAAGGUGGCAGAAAAUAUUUUCAACAAUGUUUUCAAAGGAUUGUUAUCGGAACGCAUUGUUUUCACCAUCACGCACAAUCCUCGAUAUUUGGCCGAAGCUGACUACAUCGUGAAGUUGACAAAAGGUUAGUUAUAAAUUACAAACCAUAAAAUAAAAAAAAUACUAUGCUCUCCUGAUAUCCUACAGUUGUUGAAAAGUUUUCCUCUGUUCUUUUGUUCCCAAAAAAUUAAGAUUUUACCUUACAGCACGCCAUUGGCAUUGCUAUUUCAAAGUGCGAAUACGCAUUCAAAAUGUGGAAUAGCACGACAUUGUAAUUGAUCAUUAUAAGUAAAUAAUUGAAGAGAAAAUUAUAAGUAAAUAAUUGACUAAAAGUAAUAAAAAGUCGAAGCAAGUAAGUGAUUUUGUACAUGCAUUAGCAAUACGUAAUGUACGAUGCAUGGCCUGUUGAUUACGAUUCACGCUAUAUGCUGGUCUAGGAUGUUCAAAUUAACUUACUGAUCAGUGCAAUUGGUAUCGUACUACUGGAAUGAAACCUCAGGAUUUACAAAUGCUGCCUUUAGUUGACCAACUAUAGGCACGCAAACCAUGCUCGUAAAAAUUAUAUGGGAGUUGGAUUCAGUCCCUCACCUAAGGAAGUGGGGAAUUGGAUAAGUGCAAACCAGUAUGGUGGGAUGAGGUGGAGUGCCCCCCCCCCCCAUUUUUUCAAACUCAACUUUUUGUAUAUUCAACCUAAACAGACUGGGCUUCCAAUGUAAAAACAAGGUGAUGGGUUAAGGGCAUAUAAAAAAUAUUCAUCUGAAAUCAGUCUUCCUCUUUGGGAUUAAAGGAACCUUUACUUGAGUGAUCCAUAUAUUUAGCAUGUGGGGAGGGGCAAAAUGGACGGCGACAUGGGCUCUGUCUUUGCUACCGCAUUUCUCCUUAUUAUUGGAACUCUAAAACUUCUUAUUCUUACCAAGAUAAAUAUUUUCAGAAGAAGCGCGUAUAGUAUAUGUUAUAUACAGUAGCUAGAUUUGGCAUGCAAUGCGACUAAGAAGCUAGUAGCUUGUUUAGAAGCCAAAAUUAUACCGUGAGAAUUGAGUGGCAGGAGUUGCUAAAUUUCUUCAAUGCAGGUAUGGUUGUUGCUCAGGGAACAGUGGAAGAAGUGAAUAAAGAUAUACCAGAACUAGAAAUCACUGAGAGCAAAGAGAGUCCAGCACAAGAGACAGAUAGUGAACAUGCAGAAGGAGAUGAUGAUCUUGCAGAUGCUGAACAGUUACGAGAAGCUGAGGAAAAACGUGAAGUAGGAAGCGUUUCUUUCAAUGUUGAUGCGAAGUAUUUCAUGUUUGGUGCCCCAGCGUUGAUGCUUUUACUCAUUUUAUUGAUCAUUGUAGCUGGACAAGGUAAGAUAAACUCAUGCACUAAUGAAUAUAAAUGGAACAUUUUUCAUUGCAGUGCAUGCUGAAUGAAAUAUACAAUAGACCAUUAUCGAAUUACGGUCGAAUGCCUGUACAGACAAUGGCAAGGAACGAGCUAGGUUCUGUGCUAAAUUACAAUGUUUCUAGACUAUAUUGUAGUAUGUUAGCACUAAGCCUGCGCUUAUUGGUGUCAUUGUUCCCGGACAAUUAGAGCGUAAAUCGGAAAUUAUCUGCUCUUUGGCUAGAUUGCUGCACAGUGAAAAGACAAUAGCAUAACUGAAAGGUUUGUUUUGCAUUUCCUGGUAAAUAUAUACCGGUGCCAAAAUCCAAAGCCGCUUGCGCGCUCGGUCUAUUUAAAAAUUAGAUACAGAGGCGGAGUUGUCUAUGAGCGAAUAGAUAACGAGUCCGAGUUGUCUAAUUGUUUUAGUAUACACUCCUACUGAAAAUACAAAGUCUAAGCACACUUUGCAAGAUUUUAAUAAAAUUUAAAACCACGCACGAGCAUUUGAAUGAUUUCUUUCAACAUUCGCAUGCUUCACUUGCGGCUUUUUUUGUUUAAAAAUAAAAAAGGUCAAAAACAGUCAUGAUUUUAAAGUGCAUAUGACAUGAAAUUUCUUAUUUUCUUAAAUGAAAGAACUCUUUAAGUUGUAGUGUAACUUAUUUUUCAGUUUCAUGUUAUUAUGGUUUGUUCCCGAGAUAUUUCAAUUUGUCUGAUAUGUAAAUGAGUGUGAAUAUGUCCGCUAAUUUAUGACGUCACAUUGGUUGCAAACUCAACUUAAAUGUAUUAACUCUAAAAACUGUUGAUAUCAGUUCCCGUUUUUCUCCAGUGUUUCAUCACAUUUACCAGUAAGUGAAGUUUGAAAUUAUCAUCUUGGAUAAUAGCAGUGAUAUUCAAGCAUUUUGAAGAGCUUGCAACCAACAUGACGUCAUAAAUGAGCGGACAUAUUCACACUCAUUUACAUAUCAAGCAAAUUGAAAUAUCUCGGGAACAAACCAUAAAAACAAGAAACUAAAAAAUAAGUUACACUACAACUUAAAGAGUUCCUUCAUUUAAGAACAUAAGAAAUUUCAUGUCAUAUGCACUUUAAGGAAAAUAUAAGCAAAGUUUUGAAAAUUAUAAGAGGACGAAACAAGACUUAAAAGUCCAUAACUAUGAAGAUGUUUUCAAACUGUAUACUAAUAUGGUUUCCAGAAAUGUUGCAGUAGUUUAGGUCAAAAAGAAAUACAAAAUGCACGCAUAGCAAUCCUAAUGUCGUUGAAAUCGAAUAAAUAAGUGACAAAAUAACUAUAAAAUAAAUACUAUUAUCUGAAAUGCAUAAAUAAAAUUUUACCGAAAAACUCGUAAGCUAUAAGGAAAUCAUUUAGAAACAUUUUCGACAAAGAAACGCUUAAAAGAUCGACGAAGAAAAUAUAUGAUGAAGUAACUACAGGCAGCUAAAAAUUCAUCGGUUGACGUUGUGCUUGAAUGUAUAAUAUGCACGUACAAACGAUGUGUUGAUGCAGCAAUUCCGCCUGUCUUGAAGUCUUCGUAUCACAUUUGUUGGCAAGUAAAAGCAAAUUUACGACUAAAAUACCGUUUAAAUGUUACUAUCUACCAUUAAACGUCUUCGAAUCAUAUUUUAUAGUCUUUUUUGUUCGUCGGGGAAAGGAUCAAAACCUUUGCAAAAGAAAAGUUUUCCGCCAUCUUUUUUCUCAACCAUGCAUGGACCCUUACGUAUAAUGGUCUAUGGUUGAGUAGCCAGUCAGAAUGAUGGAUUUGUAAUGGUCCAUGGUUGAGUGAAAACUAAACGCUUAUUAUUAAUUGCUGAGACAUAAAAUAUCCACAACAAAGAACGAGCCAAAGCAAUUAUUUUGUGAAAUGUUCUCUAUUUCCUUCAAUAAUUACUAGGCCCUAGCCUGUUUACUGAGAGGUGGAAUUGAACAAUACUUUUAUUUUGUGCUUCGCACAAAUUAAUUAUCCUUACCAAUUCCCUGUUAGUACAUCCCUCUUGAUGAAUCUUGCUCAAUAUUGCAUAAUUAUGUUGCCUGUCACCAAAAAUUUGUUUAUCUUGGGUUUUUAUUAGCUGGGUUUUUAUUGAAACUAUGAUCAGGUGUAUACUGUGGUAUAUGUUUCCUUUUCGUAGGUCUCACGGUGUGGGUUGAUAUCCAAGUUUCAUCAUUACCGAAUAUUGUGAAAGAAGAAGAUAAGUUUCACCGCGCGUUAAUUAUUUAUCCAGUGUCUUUGUUGGUCACAAUAUUAAUAGUGAUUCUGUCAAAGUUAUGCAUAUUUCUUGUACCGAUACGAGCUAACUACAGAGUCCACAAUAAAAUGGUUACUUGUCUACUUCAAGCCCCGAGUCAUUUCUACGCUGUGAAUUCUGCAGGUCGAAUACUGAACAGGUUUUCACAAGAUAUCAACAACUUGGACGAUCUUCUGCCAUUUAACUUGGUGUACUUCUUUCAAUGUGCGACGCCCGGAUUGGCAGCAAUUGUUUUAUGUUUUCUCUCAAGUGUUUAUCUCAUACCAGUUUGUUUUGUUGCACUUAGUAUCUGUUUUGGUACCUCAAAGUUUUUCUUCAGUAGCGCAAUGGACAUUAAACGUUUAAUGUCUGAGUCUGGUAGUCCCUUGUAUUCACAUUUUUCCAACACUAUGGAAGGAGUUAGAACAAUUCGCGUGCAUAAACGACAGCAGAGUUUCAUAGAGUCUGCGUACAGGUAUUAGAAAUUGAAGUUCAUUAUAAUCCUGGUUAACACGUAUGAUUAUUCUAACAAUUUUUACUUAUCUACCAAUCUGUACAGGAAUGACCCAGAUUCAUUCACCAUUCAUAAAUCGUUUUCGCAUUAUAAUUCUGCAACUUAUAUACACUGAUGUAUGCAUGCCAUGUACGUACAAAAGUCACAUUUGGAAUUGAUUAAAUUUCUCAGAAAUUCAUACCAAAAACUGUGCAAUAUUCCCGUUUUCAGGAAAAAUCAUUAUAGUGAGAGCUGGUUAAAAACCAACAGAAACAAACAAAUGUUCAAAUGCCAGAUUUUGAAAUGGCCUAAUUGCCAAUUUUUUUUCAAGGCACAUUGAUCAUCAGCAUGAAGCCAUGUUUGCUUAUUACACAGCAGCUCGUUGGUUUGGAAUAACCCUGGAUCUGGUUCUUGGUAUGUUCUGCGUUGUUGUUGGUUUGUUUGAAUUGUACACAGUGAAAGAUUCCUCAUCAGCAGGUAUGAGUUUAUGAGUACAUACGUAGCAGUCUUCGUCUAUUUUGUAUAACAGGCAGAAAUUUAGUAUUCUUUAUUCGUUGAAGUUUUGGGUCUUGCAACAACUAACAUUAUGGUCAGACAUUUUAAAGUUGGGAUACUUAUAUCAUCAUCACUAACCAUCAUCACGAAAACUAUCAGCAGCAUCACAACAACCAUAAAAGGUGUGACAGCUAUUCACUAUCAACCAUGCAAAAAAACGACUACCACCGCAACGACUACAUCGAAAACGUAGCAGGGUAUAGGCUGCAAUACUUAUAGUAGAAACAUUUAGAUUUUGAGUUACGAUCAUAGAAAUAAUCUGAGACAUAGAAUCAGUGAACUCUAUAUAUAUAUAUAUAUAUAUAUAUAUAUAUAUAUAUAUAUAUAUAUAUAUAUAUAUAUAUAUAUAUAUAUAUAUAUAUAUAUAUAUAUAUCUGGAAUAACAUUCAGUCAUUUAAUUGUGAAAACAAUGAAGCCUCGAUACCAGUCUUUCACGCGGAUUGGACGUCAGUCUCAGUCCCUCAAACGUCAGGUUUACGCGGAUUGGACGUCAGUUUCAUUCCCCCUCUUGCAAACCGUUGCACGGCCGUUAUAAAUUUGAACGCAAUCACGAAAAAAAAUUAAAAACAUGGCCAAUUCAAUGCAAUACAUUUUAGGAGCAAACUGUUUUGCUCCUAAAACUUACUGCAUUAAGUUCGCUGUCGGAAAAAAGUCGAGGAAAACUUCCCCGUGUGGAGAAAAGAAUAGGCUUUUUCAAAUAUAUUGUGUCGUUCUGGAUGCACAAGGAAAGAGAUAUUCUUGCGAGGAAAAUUUCAUUUCACAGGUAGGUAAAUUGACUUGCAACUGUGACUUUGCCGUUGCCAUUUUUCGCGAUUGUUUGAAUUGUUUUUUAGUUUACCAGUUUUAUACUUUUUAGUCAAUACACUGGUACGUUAUUUUUUAAAGAAUUUAUUGUGUGAUCGGAAUUUGCCUGCCAGCAAAAUGUAAAUGAAUAUGUACGUGUGUUUGAAUAUAAAUUAGACCAUAUGGGCUUAGUAAAAAAUUAUUUUAAUAACUACGUUUCGGAGUAUAACUCCAACUUCAGGUUAAAAGUGAAUAAAGAUAUAAAAACUGUGAUAGAAACUUUCAAAACAAUUACAAAUUUUAUAUGUAAGUGAUUUUUAAUACUGCAUGUAAGAAAGUUCUUGAACAGUUGAUGACGAAGACAAUGACGAAUACUUAAUUUAUGUCGUGAUUUUUUUGCCGGCUUCACUUUUCGCUCGCUGUUAUCAUUCCAGAUAUAUAUAUAUAGAGUUUACUGCAUAGAAUGCGUGCUAAUGACGAAUCAUGUCUCCACUUUUUCAGGUGCGUGCCCUUUUGAAUGCGCCAUUUUGAAUUUUGGCCAGGAGUGCAAACUACAAAGUAUAAACAAAGCUAAAACUACGUUUUCAUCAUCAAAACGUUUUGUCUUGUUGUCUAAUUUGUAGUUUGGGGAUAGAUUUUGAGUUCCUUGAAGGCACAAACUGUCAAAGCAAAUGUGCAGUUACAAAACACUAUGAAAACAGUGAAAAUCGUGCAGCCUUUUAACAUGCUCUGAACGUAACUGUUUUGCUAAUAUCGUAUAAGAUUACCAAAUGAUAGUUCUUUCUUCGUCGGGUCUCGUUUUUCUGCAAUGUAAACGAAGUGUUUUCAUGUUCUUGAAACAUUUUAUAGUUGUCGAUAAACUGUAAAAUUGCCUAAAAAUAAUCGUCGAAAAUCAUGGUUUCAAAAGCGUUGCCUCAAGCUCAAGCAACGUAGAAAAAUAUGAAAUAUAAUUGUGUAAGUUUAAAAAGAUUAUUGAACUCCAUUUAUAUUGUAAAAGAGUUGAAAUAUUUGUAGAACAUACAUACCUAUUGAGUUUGUCUUGAUCUUUUGUGUUUUGUUUUGCACAACAACAUAACGUUGAAAAUUUAUUUUUAAACGACGAUUUCUGCAUAUAUUCUGUUCAGAACCAUUGCUUUUCGUAAAAAAACCCACUGGAACGGGUUUUUAGACACUUUUCCUUAGUUUACCAAACUUUUUUCCCAUUUUAAAUCCCGAGGCGAAUAUAAAAUUUUUGGCAAACUUUUCAGUUGAAAAAAUAAUUCGCACUCCCGCAACCGCGCGAAAUUCCCUGCCUCAGGAGUCUGGGACCAACCAAAAUGCCCUUUUCAAUGCGCCAUUUGUGGAGACAAAUUUUUUACUGAGAAAAGAUAGGAGCACGCAUUCAAUAUCUAUUAUUUCUAUGGUUACGAUACAAGUUUGCAGUUAGACACAAAUUAUAGCGCACUCAAGAUAAAUGAACAUUUAUUUAUAGUGUCUGAAAUACAAUGCGUUUCAAUUUUUGAUGAUUUUAGCUGUUGGUGCAGUGACCAUUUUGUAUGCGUUUCGCUGUACUGGAUACACCACACCCAUGGUACGUAGUGCUGUCGAGGUUCAUGCUCAGAUGACGUCUGCUGAAAGAAUUUUGGCUUACACUGAGAUCGUACCAGAGAAGGGACGGGAGAUCAAGGAACAGCCUCCUAAAGAUUGGCCAGAAAGUGGAAUCAUACAAUUUAACAAUGUUUCACUUCGACAUUAUAAAGAUGGACCUAUAGCUUUGAAGGACCUGUCAUUUGAAAUUAAUCCAGCUGAGAAGAUUGGUAUUGUUGGAAGGACAGGUGCUGGUAAAUCUUCUUUGGUUGCUGCACUGAUGAGAAUUGGCGAAACUGAAGGAAAUAUUAUUAUAAAUAGUUUAAGUAUUGAAGAUUUAAAUAUCCUAUCUACUCGUCAACGGAUUUCUGUUAUUUCUCAGUCUCCUGUACUAUUUAAUGGCACUAUCAGAGAGAACAUGAACCCGACAGGUGAACUUGAUGAUUCUGAAAUAUGGAAUGUUUUGGAUCAGAUGCAAUUGGGCAUUCUUGUUGGAAGUUUACCAAAAAAACUCGACAACGAAUGCACUGGUGGUGGUUCGAAUUUUAGCGUUGGUCAGCGACAGCUAUUUCAUCUUGCAAGAAUUUUGUUGAAACGAAACAAAAUUAUAAUCUUUGAUGAAGCUACUGGGAAGGUAGACCAGAAAACUGCUGCACAAAUCCAGAAUAUUAUUCACGGCGUGUUUAAAGAUUGUACAGUAAUAACAAUCUCACAUCGUAUGGCUACGAUUCAGGAAUGUGACAGAAUUAUGGUGUUGGAUCAAGGUUCAAUUGUUGAGUUUGACAAACCAGAUGUUCUACUCAACAAGGAGAAAGGCUUGUUCUUGGAACUCACGAAAAUUGCUAACGAAACAUAA